CCCUGGAUCUGAGGCAGGAGAUGCGGUCCCCGCGAGUUUUCAAGAGCUUCCUGAGUACGUGCCAGGCUCGCCCGGAUCCCCUCCAACCCUCCAGCCUCCCUCCCUGAAUUCCAGUUCUUAUCGCCGAGACCCCUGUUCUCCGUUCUCGUCCGCGGCCCAUGCCUGAGUCGACAGCCCCUUCACUGAUUCCGGCCCACCUCCUCUGAGCCUGAACUCACGCUCUCUGCUCCCAUCUACUUCUCCUGCCCCGACCCUCUUCCUCUCUACCCCUCUCUAAGCCGUAGUCCCGUCGUCUCUGAACCCCCUCUCCUCUUCCCAGACCCACUUUUCCAGGUGCUGAGCGUGUUUUUAUCCCUACUAGGAGAGGUGCUGGUCACUGUGUACAGCACUCUGGUGGGGUCUCCUGUACCUGGUCCCUCCUUUGGAGAGUGAACCUGAGAUGCUGACUAUAAGGGAGCCAACCACACUGUGCCAACCUCCUGCCUGCAGCGAGUACCACGAGCGCGUGCGCACCCAGGGGCAGCAGCUGCAGCAGCUGCAGGCCGAGCUGGAUCAACUCCACAAGGAGGUGUCCAGCGUUCGCGCAGCCAACAGCGAGAGAGUGGCCAAGCUCGUAUUCCAGAGGUUGAAUGAGGACUUUGUUCGAAAACCCGACUAUGCGCUGAGCUCUGUGGGAGCCUCCAUCGACUUAGAGAAGACAUCCCGUGACUACGAGGACGCAAAUAGCGCCUACUUCUGGAAUCGCUUCAGCUUCUGGAACUAUGCGCGGCCACCCAUGGUUAUCCUGGAGCCAGAUGUGUUCCCUGGGAAUUGCUGGGCUUUUGAGGGCGACCAGGGCCAGGUGGUGAUCCGGCUGCCGGGUCGUGUGCAGCUGAGCGACAUUACCCUGCAGCAUCCUCCUCCCAGUGUGGCACACACCGGGGGGGCCAACAGCGCCCCCCGCGAUUUCGCAGUCUAUGGCCUCCAGGUUGAUGACGAGACGGAAGUUUUCCUGGGGAAAUUCACCUUCGACAUGGAGAAAUCUGAGAUUCAGACUUUCCACCUACAGAAUGACCCCCCAACUGCCUUUCCCAAGGUGAAGAUACAGAUUCUAAGCAACUGGGGUCACCCCCAUUUCACAUGCUUGUAUCGAGUCCGAGCCCAUGGCAUGAGAACCUCGGAGGAAGCAGGGGACAGUGCCACAGGGGGGCCCAAUUAAACAUGCUGAUUGUUAAAAUAGAGUGGAGGUGUGUGCUCAAAGAAGCUGGAGCUGGAUCAGUGCUGGAGGGUCUGUUGGGAGCUGUGGUUGCCUUUGGUAUAUAAAUAUGAUAGGGGGGUCUACCUCCCAA